AUGAGCCCUCCAGACAUGUCCAACAGCACAGGAGAAGGGGAGGCUGGUGACACCGAUCCCUCGGCUCUGCUCAACGACAGCAUGGGUUUACGCCCGCCGGGUUUUCACACCGACAUCACCAAGCACCUCGGGGUCCAGAUCACCCUGAUCACAGCCUAUUCCCUGAUCAUCCUGCUGGGCCUGCUGGGGAACGCUCUCGUCAUCUACAUGAUCAUUCGCUACAGAAACAUGCGAACGGUGACCAACUUCUUCAUAGCUAACCUGGCCCUGGCAGACCUUCUCGUGAACACCCUCUGCUUGCCUUUCACUCUGGUUUACACUCUGCUGGACGAGUGGAAGUUUGGGGCCGUGCUGUGCCACAUGGUGCCCUUUGCCCAGGCCCUGAGUGUGCACGUGUCCAUCCUGACUCUGACUGUUAUCGCUCUGGAACGCUACCGCUGCAUCGUCUUCCACCUCGGUCGACGCCUCACGUGGCACUCCAGCUUCCUCAUCAUGGCGUUCACCUGGACAGUGUCUGCCAUCCUGGCGGCUCCCCUUGCCAUCUUCAGAGAGUACCGCAACGAAGAGAUCCCCUCCAUCAACCUGCGUAUAGCCGUGUGCUCUGAGAAAUGGCCUCACGGGACCAACAGGGACGGAGUCAUCUACAGCCUCUCAAUGCUGCUCCUACAGUACAUUAUUCCUUUAGCCAUCAUCAGCUACGCUUACAUUUGCAUCUGGGUCAAACUGAAGAAUCACGUCAGCCCAUCAAACCGCAACGACAGCAUCAAUCGCCGCAAAAAAACCACAAAGAUGCUGGCACUGGUGGUGGUGGUGUUUGCGAUCUGCUGGCUGCCGUUUCAUGUGUUUCAGUUGGCCAGCGACCUGGACUUGGUGCUCCGGUUCAAGGAGUAUAAACUGAUAUACACUGUGUUCCAUAUCGUGGCUAUGUGUUCCACUUUUGCCAAUCCUCUCCUGUACGGGUGGAUGAAUAAGAACUACAGAAAUGGCUUCCUCAUGGUUUUCCGUUGCGAGGAUAAGCCGGAAUCUUUCCACCCAGAGGGCUCGUUCAGGACACGCUCCUUAAGACGGCUGACUCUUAAUGGUCGUAAUGGUGGACAGCCUCCCACCGCUGUAUGA